UGCCCAAGGUUAAAAGUCGGAGGUGUCUCUUAAUAAUUUGGUUUGAGAAGAAGGACUUUUACAGUAUUGGUUUAUCUGUAUUUUAUUUUGAAUGCGAAUCUUGAGGCAGCAUUGCAUUGUGGGUAUCAGAGGUAGCGGUAGUAAGGAAGUGAUAUUUGCAGAGAGAAAGCCUACCUAUUACCGUACAAACUUCGCCUCCUGUGUUGUAAAUCUUUUCCAACACCUCCGAAAGCAAUGGCUUUUCACUCAGUGCUUUCAUUGAGCUUCCUGCACAAUUGUACUACAUUGUGAGAAGACCGUAAUAAAGGAGCAAGACGCUCAGCUUCCUGGCUCAUGAAAAUUGAGUUUGGCUUGCUGUUAAUCUGCGUUAACAUACAAAGUGUAUCCAACACGUAGUGAUAACAGUAUAGUGAAAAGCCAUAACAGCAGUUGGUGGAGGAUAAAACUCAAGACACAGUGAUGGAUAACGUUAAUGAGGAAAAGGCAGAAGAAAUGGCUAACUCCGAAGCUAAAGCAUCAUCUAAAGCUAGCUCAAGUUCCAAACACUCUAGCUCUAAGCAUUCAUCCUACAAGUUGUCCUCGAAGUCCAGCGUAUUUGAAGCAGCCAUCUUUGCACGAGCCUCUGCCGAAGCCACAAAUGCUAAAGCUUCCUACAGGAAAAAACAAUUGGAAAUUAAAAAGCAACAAGCAAAUCUAGAGCUGGAUUUUAAGAUGCUGGAAAUAGAAAAGGAAGCUGCAGCUGCUACGGCAAGAGCAGAGGUUCUAGAAGCUGCCGCAGCUGCCGAACAGGAUAAAGAGGAGAGUGUAAAGAGUGCAGUCCCACCACAAGUCGUCAGACAACGAACCAUGGAGUACGUGCAACACCAAGUACAGCUAAAGUCACACUCGUCUAAAGAGGAAAUGCCUCUGGUCGAACCAGCAUUAAAAACAUCAUCAUUUGGCCCAAAAAGAUCUGGUAAAACUCCCUCUCCACCGGUGCUCGAGAAAAUGUAUGUAAAAGAGGAACCUUUUGACACACCAAGAGACUAUGUCAGGCUAAACAGCCAUGAUUCCCACCACAGUUACCCACCUAUGACUGACUUCGCUAAGUUCCUAGCACGUAGAGAGUUAAUUACAACAGGGCUCUUUAAAUUCGAUGACACCCCUGAAAGUUUCAGAGCAUGGCAGUCAUCAUUUUUGAAUGCAACUCAAGACAUUGACCUCACAUGUAGUCAAGAGCUGGAUCUCCUCGUGAAAUGGCUCGGUAAAGAGUCCUCAGAGCAUGUCAAAAGAAUCAGAGCUGUUUAUACCACUAACCCCAAAGCUGCCCUCCAGUUAGCAUGGGACAGGUUAGAAGAAUGUUAUGCUACACCAGAAAUAGUAGAAAAUGCUUUGUUUAAAAAACUAGACAGCUUCCCCCGACUUACAAAUAGAGACAAUGUAAAACUCAGAGAGCUAGGAGAUUUGCUCCUAGAGCUGCAGGUUGCUAAAGAUGAAACUUAUCUCCCAGGCCUCGCUUACCUCGACACACCACGAGGUGUUAAGCCCAUAGCGGAAAGGCUACCUCCAAGUUUACAAGAUAAAUGGCUUCAAGCAGGUUCAAAAUACAAACAAAAAUAUCAAGUGACAUUCCCUCCCUUCUCAUAUUUUGUGAAGUUUGUCCAAGAGGAAGCAAAAGCGAGAAACGAUCCAAGUUUUGUGACAUGCAGCAACCAACCUUUCAACAGAGGUGAGAGACCACCAUUUAAACAAAUAGGCUACAAACCUCCUCUAACUGUAAACAGAACAGAGGUCAAUACAACCGCUCUUCCUAGUACAAAAGAAGAUGAUCUAACUCGUUACUGCCCAGUCCACAGGAAAUCGCAUCCUCUAGCGAAAUGCAGAGCUUUCCGGACCAAACCAAUACAAGAAAGACGAAACAUACUCAAAGAACACAGACGAUGUUUUCGUUGUUGUUCUCCUACGCACACAAUAAAGGAUUGUGAUAUGAAAGUCAGUUGUGAGGAGUGCCAAAGUGAAAAACAUUGCUCUGCCAUGCACCCUGAUGUGGUUCAACAACCCCGGCCAGAAAGCACACCUGAACCAGAGCCUCAGCUCCAAGACAACACGCCACCUGAGGUAACGUCACGGUGCACCGAGAUCUGCGGUGAAGGUUGUCCCCCACGUUCUUGCUCUAAGGUAUGUCUAGUUCGAGUUUUCCCUAAAGGUCAACCAGAACGCUCCGUCAAGAUGUAUGUAAUCCUUGACGAUCAGAGCAAUUGCUCGCUGGCUCGUCCCGAAUUCUUUGAGCUAUUUGGCAUCAAGGGAAGUCAUCUGACAUAUCACAUGAGAACGUGUGCUGGUCUAACUGAAAUGUGUGGCAGGAAAGCAGUCGGUUUCCAAAUAGAGCCAGUAGGUGGAGGCCCAUGUCUAGACCUCCCUCCUCUCAUUGAAUGUGACGAGAUAGUGUUCAAUAGAAAUGAAAUACCUACGCCUGAAGUGGCUCUGGCCCAUGCUCAUUUGAAACACCUCGCUCCUCUCAUACCAAAGUACGAUCCAGAUGCUGAGAUAGCAGUUUUACUGGGCAGAGACAUCAUACAAGUCCACAAAGCACGAAAACAAGUAAAUGGACCCCCCAGCGCUCCCUUUGCCCAAUGCCUGGAUCUGGGUUGGGUAAUUGUGGGGGAAGUAUGCCUCAACGCUCAUAAGCCAACUGUCAAUGUCUACAAAACGCACAUUCUGUCCAAUGGACGUCCAUCUCUCUUCACUCCUUGUCCUAACAGCAUCAGCCUCAAAGAAAAACCAUGCUACGGCGGGGAGCACAAGAAUAACUUUGAUAAACACAGCUCAACACUUCAUGCUGCAGAAGAAAAGCUUGGAGAGAAAGUUUUUGAGCGCACAGAGAAUGACAACCAGCGUGCCCUAUCCUUUGAAGAUGAAACGUUCCUAAAGAUAAUGGAAAAGGAAGUUCAUCAGGAUGAAAGCAACAACUGGAUUGCUCCUUUGCCCUUCAAGUCCCCUCGCUUGCCGCUUCCAAAUAACAGAGAUCAAGCACUGUCUAGACUCAACUCACUGAGACGCAACCUAAACAACAAACCCCAAAUGAAAGAACAGUUUUCAGAGUUUAUGGACAAGCUGUUCGAGAACCAUCAUGCAGAAAUCGCUCCACCCAUCAUCGACAACACUGAAUGCUGGUACCUGCCCAUUUUUGGGGUAUACCAUCCCCAGAAGCCGGGUCAGAUACGGGUAGUUUUUGACUCUAGUGCAGAGCAGUGUGGUGUGUCACUUAACUCUGUACUGCUGACGGGCCCAGACCUUAAUAAUACCCUCCUUGGUGUGCUGAUUCGGUUUAGGAAGGAGCUCAUUGCAGCCACUGCUGACAUCCAGCAAAUGUUUUACGGAUUUCUAGUCUCACCAGACCACAGAGAUUAUUUGAGGUUUUUGUGGCAUAAGGACAAUGACUUGUCAAAGGAGGUCCAGGAGUACCGUAUGCGGGUGCAUGUUUUUGGUAACAGCCCGUCACCAGCGGUAGCCAUCUAUUGCCUACGAAGAGCCAUUCAGAAAGGCGAAACAAAGUUUGGAACAGAUACGAGACACUUCGUUGAGAGACACUUCUACGUGGACGAUGGAUUGAUUUCGCUUCCCACUGAAUCAGCAGCCAUCGAUCUGCUCAAGCGAACGUGUGAAUCCUUGGCUGAGUCCAAUCUCAAGCUCCACAAAAUUGCAUCAAACAGUGUCUCAGUCAUGCAAGCCUUCAAAUCAGAAGAUCUGGCCUCUGGCAUCAAAGACUUGAGCCUUGGUGAUGACCCUCUACCAGAUCAGAGAAGCCUAGGAAUGUGCUGGGACAUAAACACUGACUCAUUCACAUUCAAGGUAGCUGUUAAUGACAAACCCUACACCCGCCGCGGGGUUCUCUCAGUUAUUAACAGUAUAUUUGACCCCUUGGGACUUGCAUCUCCAGUCACAAUAAAAGGCAGACUUUUGUUACGUGAACUCUCAAAUGGAGUUGAAAACUGGGAUGCUCCUCUCCCUGCAGAUAAAAUGGAUAUGUGGGAAACAUGGAAAUUUUCCCUCCAACAUCUGAGCAGCCUCAGAGUGCCACGCUGCUAUGUACCAGCCUCCCUUUCCAAGUCCGUCUACACUGAAUUGUGUGUUUUUUGUGACGCUUCAAGUUGGGCUAUUGCAGCAGUAGCAUACUUGAAAACAGUCAAUGCAAAGGGACAGUGUGAGGUUGGAUUUGUGCUUGGAAAGGCAAAACUUUCACCACAACCAGAACCUACAAUACCUCGGCUGGAACUCUGUGGAGCAGUUCUAGGAGUGGAGAUAGCAGAGCUCAUUCAGGAAGAACUUGACCACAAACCAAACGCUGUUAAAUUCUACUGUGACAGCAAAGUGGUUCUGGGCUACGUGUGCAACGAUGCAAAGCGCUUUUAUGUCUACGUACAUAAUCGAGUUCACAGAAUACGCCAGUCUACAUCCCCUGAGCAGUGGCAUUACGUUGCAUCAGAGCAAAACCCAGCUGAUCUAGCUACCAGGUCAAUUCCUGCAUCCCAACUCAUGGACACAAUGUGGUUUAAGGGACCAGACUUCCUUUACAAACUACCUGAACCAGAAACACAUGAGCCGUUCGAGUUGAUCAAACCUGAAGUGGAUGCGGACAUCCGACAAGUUGCUACUUUCACCACGCAGGUUCAAAGGAAUGGACUCACACCAGAACGCUUCCAACGCUUCUCGAAAUGGAAAUCACUGGUACGUGCCAUUGCCUACUUAACUCACCAAGCUCGUUCUCACUCAUUAAGCAACGCAUCAAACCCUCUAUGCAGAGGCUGGCAUGAAUGUAGACAGCCACGCUCUCCAAAGGAACUGAAUGCUGCCAGUAAUCUCAUUCUCCAGUCUGUUCAGAAAGAAGCUUUUCCUGACGAAUCCACUUCUCUCCAAGCCAAUCAAACCGUCCACAGCUCAAGCUCCAUCGUAACUCUUGACCCCUAUAUGGAUGAAGGCCUCAUAAAAGUUGGAGGUCGCCUCAAACAUGCUUCAUUGGAUGCAGUAUUCAAGAAUCCAAUCAUUCUUCCAAGCAAACAUCAUGUGUCAAAGUUGCUUGUCCUGCACUAUCAUGCCAUGGUUGUGCAUCAAGGAAGGCAGUUCACAGAAAGUGCGGUUAGACAAGCCGGUCUGUGGAUUGUAGGAUGCAAAAGACUGGUCUCGUCUGUUAUCUACCAUUGCAUAACCUGCAGGAAACUUAGGGGAAAAUUAGAGACUCAAAAGAUGGCGGAUCUUCCACCAGAGAGACUCAACACUAACGCUCCAUUUUCGUAUGUUGGGUUGGACGUGUUCGGCCCCUGGUCAGUGGUCACUCGACGCACACGAGGAGGAGCAGCACAAAGUAAGAGGUGGGCAAUACUUUUCACGUGUAUGACCACAAGAGGUGUACAUAUCGAAGUCAUUGAGUCUAUGGACACUUGCAGCUGCAUAAAUGCAAUACGCCGAUUCUUUGCAAUACGAGGUCCAGCAACACAAAUGCGAUCAGAUAGGGGCACCAACUUUAUUGCAGCAAGUGUGGAGCUUGGUAUGACACAGCCAAGCACAAACCCUCCCAACAUUGUCAACUAUCUUCACGCUAACGGUUGUACAUGGGAGUUCAAUCCUCCACAUGCCUCCCACAUGGGUGGCGUCUGGGAAAGGAUGAUUGGGGUGACUCGCAAAAUACUGGAUUCCAUGCUCCUGACGAACAAACACACCCGUCUGACUCAUGAAGUGCUUUGUACCCUAAUGGCUGAAGUAUCAUCUAUAGUCAAUGCAAGACCCUUGGUUCCUAUCACAACGGAUCCUUCCUCUCCAUUCCUACUAUGUCCUGCAAUGAUAUUGACCCAGAAGCAGCACGUUCUUUCUCCACCAGGAGAAUUUUGUGGAAAAGACAUGCUCAAAAGCCAGUGGAAGCAAGUGCAGGCACUCGCCAAUGUGUUUUGGAGUCGCUGGAGGAACGAAUAUCUCAACACCCUCCAAUCAAGACGCAAGUGGCAUAGAUCGCACCGCGACCUUCAGCCAGGCGACAUUGUGUUGUUGAAGCAAAAUCAAGCACACAGAAACGAAUGGACAAUGGCCAUCAUCACAACCACUUUUCCAAGCAGUGAUGGAAAGAUCAGAAAGGUGGAAGUGAGGACAUCAUCUCAGGGCGUCUCCAAGACUUAUUUGCGUCCUAUCUCAGAUGUUGUUAUGCUCUUAGAGACGGAAGUGACUGAUGAAAAGUAGUGGCAUCGGUAAUGCCAGGCGGGGAGUGUUCUGCCCAAGGUUAAAAGUCGGAGGUGUCUCUUAAUAAUUUGGUUUGAGAAGAAGGACUUUUACAGUAUUGGUUUAUCUGUAUUUUAUUUUGAAUGCAAAUCUUGAGGCAGCAUUGCAUUGUGGGUAUCAGAGGUAGCGGUAGUAAGGAAGUGAUAUUUGCAGAGAGAAAGCCUGCCUAUUACCGUACAAACUUCGCCUCCUGUGUUGUAAAUCUUUUCCAACACCUCCGAAAGCAAUGGCUGUAAGUUCAAUCUGUGUUCUGUUGGCACUAUAUGUUUUAUUAUAAUUUAUUUAGAGAUCGUUUUUCCUAAAUGCGUUUUCCAGGAAUUAGCCAUGUCCCAAUAGUUUUUUCUUGGAUGGUAGUAAUCGCUGGCGCAACUGUUUUCUUAGCAACAGCUGGGGUUAAUUCUAAUUUAUGUUUUCUAAUGCUGGAAGUUUGUUCUGUGCAUUUAGAGCUGAUGCACAUUUUAUUUUUGUUUCUGUUUGUAGUUUCACUCAGUGCUUUCAUUGAGCUUCCUGCACAAUUGUACUACAUUGUGAGAAGACCGUAAUAAAGGAGCAAGACGCUCAGCUUCCUGGCUCAUGAAAA